AUGCACUGUUAUCAGACGAUCAUUUCUAAGGUGAGCAUAGAAGAUCUCGAAACCAUUGCAAAAACAUGCAGCAGCUCUCUGGUUUCACUGAAGAUUAGUGGAUUUGAUCUAUUGAGACAACAAGGGACCUUAAGGCUAGCUAGUGUGCUUAAGUUUUAUGGUGGAGCCAUUGUUGAGGAUAUUGAUGACCCUGACAAGUACUUCAAUGCAGAUAUAUAUUAUUUUCCACCCAAGCUCUGUCAUGUUGGUGACUUCAUUGGUCUCUUUCUCAAACAUAUCUCGAUCAUGUAUGCUUUUGCCGACAGACUCAAGACACUGGAUCUGUUUGGCGCUGUGCUAGGCAACUAUGCCCACUGUAUAAUUCGGAGGAGGCUUCCCAACAUUGAAAUUCUCAACACUAGUACUUGCAUUGGAGACGAGGGACUCGAUGUCCUUUCUCAGUACUGCAAGAAAUUCAAAGUGUUAGAAAUUCGUCAACCUUCAGAUAGAGAUGAUCAUGACCGUUAUCGUGUCACAGAUAGAGGAAUGAUACAUGUUGCUACAAACUGCAUCGACUUAGAAUACAUUACUGUAUGCAUGAUGCAGCUUCGAAACAUAACUCUACUAGCUAUUGCUGAGAACUUGAAAGAGUUGAAGAACUUUGACGUGCAGAUGAUGAUAUGGCAACCAGCUUGGAUGUAG